UAUGAAAAUGACACCAGUUGAUUAAUAAUACACGAAUUUAAAGGAGUGUAAUAAGGGUGUUGGUUUAUAGAACAUUGCAAUUCAAAGCAAUUUUAAUUUAGAUUUUAGAAAUAUGGAAAUGAGUUCUUUAUUAUAGUCAAAGUUUCACCAGAUAUUUAAUUGUGUUCUGAUAUCAUCAUGUAGAUCACGGAAUUCCAAAACAACUAUUAAAUAUAUAGUAAUAUUAAUAUUUAAAUGAGUUGAACAAACUAUAGUUAUUCGUCAAACUAUAUCAAUAUUGCACGAUCCAAAUCAUUUCGAUGUUUGUGCUAUUGCUUAAAUAACGUACGAUUUACUGAAUGUGGAUAACACAUGAGCACACACAGAAAACGUAGUGUACUGACAUAUACAUUUGAAGAGGACAUCGGGAAGUAUUAUCGUAAAUAAUUUCCGUUCAUUAUUUACUACAACUUAAAAAUAAAUUAUAUACAAUUUAUAUUCCGGAAGAAACUGCACGAGUAUGUUUGAAAAAGUAAUUAUAAAUGUAGGUGGCCAAAUAUUCAUUACUAAAAGGAGCACUCUUCAGCGAUAUCCAGACACAAAGUUAUCUAACAUCUCUGAAACUUGUGAACAUUUUGAUGAAACUACUGAAGUAUACUAUUUUGAUAGGAAUCCAUUGAUAUUUCAAUCGGUACUUGACUAUUAUCGAACUGGAAAACUUCAUUUUCUGUCUAACAUAUGUGCAGAGCAAAUUCGUGAUGAGCUUGAAUUUUGGGAAGUAUCAACCACUGAUCUCGGCCCAUGUUGUUGGAAAUAUUUCUAUACCGUUGAUAGUGACUUGAAAACCUGCAAUGUUAUCGAUAAAUACUUUUUCCAAAACAAGCGUUUUCGUUACAGUUCGAAAAGCCCUCUUAUAAAUAUCAAAAAUAGGAUAUUAAAUGUACUGGAAAAUCCAAGGUCAUCUAAAGUUGCAUUAGUAUGGCAGAUAUUUUACCUUGGUGUUGUGUGCUUAGCGAUACUUGUAUCAGUAAUACAAUCAUUUGAGUUGACUGGUCUAAAAACAAAGGAAAAUAAAAAUGUUACAGCAGAGGAAAGCAUGAUAGAACGUCUAACUGAUCACAGCAACUGGAUUGGCGUUGUAACUCACAUAUGCAACGUCAUUUUCACAUUAGAAACAGCGCUACGUUUAGCAACUUGUCCGUGCAAAGUAGAUUUUUUUCGAAGCUUUUUAAACAUUGUUGAUAUCCUGUCUGUAUUUGGAUAUUUUGCGCAUAUUAUAGUUAGUGCCUUACCCGAUUCAAACGAAUCAGUCUUCAUUUUCUCGUACGCUUUGGUAAUUUUGCGCGGUUUCAGAUUUUUUCGUCUUGAGCGUUUUAUAGAAGGUUUACGUAUAAUGCUUCUGUCGAUAAAACAAAGUAAAAAGAUGCUGUCCCUUCUUAUUUUGGUUUUGAUUAUUUCAGCCAUUAUUUUUGGUAGUACUAUACACAUUGUUGAAAUGAAUGGACCUUUCACAGAUCCAAUCAGCAGUUUUUAUUGGGCUCUCAUCACCAUGACAACAAUAGGUUACGGUGAUAUUUACCCCACAACAAAAUAUGGACAGAUUUUAGCAUCAGUGUGCGCAACGUUCGGCUUGUUCCUGUUGAGCAUGCCAAUUGCGGUUGUUGCCAAUACUUUCACCGAUUUAUACAAACGAUAUUGUGAACAUCAAUAUCAUUUAUCUCAUCAAAGUAAACGAAGCUGGUGUAAAAAUGGAACUACGGAAUUGAUUCCGAUCAAAUACUGAUGCAGAAGUUUGACCUUCAGAAUAAACCUCAUGUGUCUGUUACUUCAUAAUUGGCUUUUCAGUUACAUAAAACAUCUGAACAAGAAAAAUACUUAAUAUUUGUUUUUUUUUAUCUUUAUUUAUCAUUUUAUCUAAUAAAAACUUAA